UACAGAGUAUAGGCGAUCGAUUUGGCAUUCCAGCGUUUAAGGCGCUUCAAUUUGAUGGUUUGGAUCUUCUGGACUGGUCACAGAAUGUGCUGCCCACCACUUGCUGUAUGAGGUUUUCGUUGCUCGACGGAGAUGGAAACCUAAAGCCUUCCAAUGAAUCUGUUAACUUGUCUCGCAGUUCCGUAUCUAACGAUCGCAAAUUAACUAAUCUUCUCAUAGGCAUUAACAUAUUAGCUUAUAUUGCUCAAAUUGGAACAAAAGGGCAACUAUUGACUUGGGGAGCUAAGGUUAGAAUCAUAUCAACUUUUUUCAUCUUUAAGCAGCACGGAGUAAUAUGACUCUGGUUAGGGUAGGGAAAGUCUCGGGUAAAGGUUAAGAUGGUGCCGGAAUCACCCUUCAAGAGAAUGGCUCUUGAGUUAGGUAGUGUCUUCAUCCUCGCCUACAGAGGGUAAUUUUGUCAAGUCUAUAGCAUUCCUUGAACCUUCUCGACCCCUUUCCCCACACCUAGCUUAAUUCGAGUACUCUAAUAUGUUUCUCUAUCAAGGUUUAUUUGAUAUUGUACUGUGGGUAUGCAUAUGAUUGCAGGUCAAUAGACUAAUAGACAAAGGAGAAAUAUGGAGGUUGCUGACAUGUUCAUUCAUGCAUGCAAAUGUUGGACAUCUCCUGGUCAAUUGUUAUUCCUUAAAUUCAAUCGGUCCAGAGGUGGAGAAAAAUAGUGGUCCUAUAAGAUAUAUUGCUGUUUAUAUGAUCUCAGCACUUGCAAGUUCUACAUGUAGUUACUGGUUCAGCAAAGCACCUGCAAUUGGUGCUUCUGGAGCAAUUUAUGGACUGGUUGGAUCUUUUGCUGUGUUUGUCUUGAGACACAGAGGGGUACUCAAGGGAACUGAAGGAAGGCUUAAAUAUAUAGCACAAACAAUUGCUCUAAUGUAUUGGGCUUUUAUCCAAAGGCAUUGAUAACUGGGGACAUGUGAGUUUACCAAUAUCUGUUUGCUGCCUUAUGAUCUGUGUCUGUGUGUGUGUGUGCAGUUUCAAAUCUCAAAAUAAAAUGAAAAUUGAUCUCUGUAUGCAUAAAUGACACUCGUUGAUAAGCUAUUUUGAACAACAAAACAUGUGUUCGUGUGUGUUAGUAGGGUGCAGGUUCAUGGCACACUUGUUAGCACACUCAAUAUUUUUUGGGGCCCUACAGUGCUCCGUUGAGCCCAAAAAUGUACCCGACCCCCCAACCCCCAGCCCAAUCCCGCCACCCUAGCCCCCCUCCCAACUUGAUGCCAUCCCCUCUCCUACCACUGUUUACCAUCAGCAAACAGUGCCCCCUCUCCAGCUUCAUCUCACCCUCUUUUGGCCGACCCACCAACUCGCCCCUUCCCCCACCCACUAUCGGGCUCAACGGGGGCCCUACCACGUCAUUCAAACAGAAGAUAGAAGUCAUAAAACUAAGGCUUCUUUGAUGGAAGGAGGGAAUAUAUGGAGAAGAAAUAUUUAUACCUUUGGGAAAGUAAUCUUUUGAGGAGUAAAGACACACUUCGUAUUUUAUUCUGUUUGUUAGGAAUAAAAUUCUAAUUAUUCUGGUGUUUGGUUUACUUGGGAAUGACAAAGGCACUGGUUGCACUAAGAUCUUAAUUUGAGAUUGUUAGCUACCGAUCUGUAUGAGCCUAUGAGGAUACAUUUGUCCUUGGUACAUCAGCACAUGUCCUUUUUCUUCCAUGGGGUACUAUAGGAAGAGCUGUUCAUUUAUUCCACAAUGUUGAGGAAAAGAAUCUCCAAGGAAGAAAAGGAUUGCAUCAACCUAUGCUUCGUGUGUGUGCGAGUAUCUUUUGAAAAUAGGUUUUACGCUCCACCCAAUGAGCCAUAAUAUGAUCUCGUAAAGCUCAUGCCUCAUAAGUCUGGUUUUUGCUCAUUUGUCCAAUUUGAAUCUCUUUAUUUCGAUUGAUACUUUCAGUUAGGAGGGUUGGUGGGAGGAGCUGCGACCGCAUGGCUGCUUGGUCCUGCAUUGAAACUUGAAUACAAUGGCAAACAAAGGUUCUUGGCUGAUAAAGCGCCAAUUUUCUCUCUCAUCAAGGGCAGAAAGAACACACCCUGACUUAUAUUGAAGUUAUUUGUGGGUUUCUUACAGGAAGCUGGGAAAUUCAAUCGUACACCUUUGGAAAUAUUGUACAUCAACUACAAAUCAAUGAGCACUCGUUUUCCGAUAGUAAGCAUUUUAGUUUUCUUUAACAUGCAAUGAUUGUGUACAGAGUGAGCAGUCAUUUGUAAGGUAUUAAUGUGCCUACAUUGGUACCAUAGAAUAACUCUACUUUUAUAGGUUUUGUAUGUGUAUUAUGCAUUGGUGUGGAUCCUUAUGAUAUACGGAGUAUAAGUUAGGGUUGUAGGACAACCUUUUAU